AAGCAAUCAGCAAAAGUCACUGCAAUAAUUAUUUUUUAAUUUUCAGUGUGUCUUUACUGGAAGUUGUAAAUAGAUUAAUAAUAAAAAUUCAAACAAAGCUAACUUUUAAAUAUUAUAGUUAAAGACAUGAUGAUGUACUGAUUAUCGAUUGUGUAAAAAAAAGUGAUGAUUGAAUAUAUAGUGCGUGCCUUGUGAAACAAAAAGCAAUCGUCGCGUUAUAGUAACCAACGCCAUUUUGAGGCGAAUUUUUGUAUUGUGCCAGGUAUUUCGCAAUCUUUUAAAUUUCGGCAGCAAAAAGGAGUGUUUUGUGAAAUUUAAAUUGAUUUAUGCACGAAGAAAAUUGGUGGGCGGCGACCCAGCACAACUUCUUGGUGACUAGUCGUAUCGAACCUACAUGUCCUGAGAUAGCGGUUGCCGAGGAUGGCCCUAGGCGGCAAAAGCGUUCUAAUUAACUGACGGACACUGCAGGCUCACAGCUGCCGCAUUCUAUAAAAAUGCCUCGACCAGGCAGUCUCAAAGACCCUGAUAUAGCAGAAUUAUUCAGUAGACAUGAUCCUGAGAAGAUCUUUGAAGAUCUACGAGAAAUUGGCCAUGGAUCCUUUGGUGCAGUGUACUAUGCUCGUUGCAAUCUCACUAAAGAGAUUGUUGCCAUUAAAAAGAUGUCUUAUUUAGGAAAACAAAGUGAAGAAAAAUGGCAAGAUAUUCUAAAAGAGAUUAAAUUUCUUAAGCAAUUGGAUCAUCCUAAUACAAUUGAAUACAAGGGCUGUUACAAGAGAGAGCAUACAGCAUGGCUAGUAAUGGAGUACUGUGUUGGCUCAGCUUCUGACAUUAUUGAGGUGCACAAGAGACCACUACGCGAAGAGGAAAUAGCUGCAAUAUGUGAGGGCGUAGUGUGUGGUUUAUCUUACUUACACAGCCUCGGUCGAAUACAUCGUGACAUCAAAGCGGGAAAUAUUCUUCUUACGGAGAAUGGAACUGUUAAGCUCGCCGACUUUGGAAGCGCCAGUAUUAAAUGCCCGGCCAAUAGUUUUGUAGGCACGCCCUACUGGAUGGCCCCAGAAGUUAUUUUAGCCAUGGACGAGGGGCAGUAUGAUGGAAAAGUGGAUGUAUGGUCACUUGGCAUAACAUGUAUCGAGUUGGCGGAGAGGAAACCGCCAUAUUUUAACAUGAACGCGAUGUCAGCACUUUAUCACAUUGCGCAGAAUGACUCCCCUGCUCUAUCGGCACCUGAAUGGACGGACACAUUCCGCUACUUUGUCGAGGCGUGUCUUCAAAAGAAUGCACAAGACAGGCCAUCUUCCACCAGGCUGCUUUCGCAUCCUUAUAUUACGAGGCCACGUUCACCAACUGUCCUGGUUGACUUGAUACAAAGGACAAAGGCUGCUGUAAGGGAUUUGGACAACCUGAACUACCGCAAGAUGAAGAAGAUUCUCAUGGUUGAUGGUGAUAAUGAGAGUGCAAUUGGAGAUAGUGAAGAAACGCCCGAGGAGCCAUCGGGUGGAGAUAGUUCGAAGUCAAACUCCGCAACAUCGGAACAUAGUGCUGCAGGAGCCUCUAGCCAGAGCUCAUCUUCUGGUAGUCUUAGGAGAAGACCUCAUGCUAUGAACGCGAAUCAUCAGAAUCAACAACAGCCUGUGUAUCAGCAAUAUAAUCACCAACCAUCUCAUCAAUCGAGAGCACGUACAAUCGCACGCAAACGCGCACGUAAAUGGUAUAAUUCAUGUUGGUGUGUACGCAGAGACGAUUCGGCCGAUGACUACGUGAAUCGCGAUGUGCUUCGGGACUACGCUAAUCGCGAUUCACUCGGCGAUGAGGGGUAUAGCGAUGACUACGCGAAUAGAGAGGCUAUUAGGGAAGCCCAACGCGAGAGGGAGAGGGAGAGGCAGGCGAACGAGUAUCGGGAGUACGUGAAUGCGCCGUCCACGUGGCACGACACGGGAGAUGAUAACCGCAACACGCAGCGGCGGCAGACUCAUAGGGGUGUUAGUAAUAACGUGUCUGCGGCAAUAUCGUUGAUAUCGGAACACGGCGCAAACAACUUCGCAACGAUACGGACUACCAGUAUUGUUACCAAACAACAGAAGGAACAUAAUCAGGAGAUGCAUGAACAAAUGUCAGGCUACAAGCGUAUGCGUCGCGAGCAUCAAGCGGCUCUCUUGAAGCUCGAAGAGCGAUGCAAGGCAGAUGUAGACGCUCAUAAGGCGCAACUGGAUCGAGAAUAUGAUGCCUUGUUGCAACAGCUCUCUAGAGAUCUAGAACGAUUGCAGACUAAACACGUUCAAGAACUGGAGCGUAAGCAAAAACAGAAUGCAGCUGCAGAGAAGAAAUUGGUUAAAGACAUCACGGCGCGGCAGGAGCAAGACAAGAAGGCCUUCGAAGCGCAACGCAAGAAGGAGUACAAGGCCAACAAGGAGAGGUGGAAAAAGGAACUCAGUAUGGAUGACGCCACGCCUAAGAGACAGCGGGAUGCGACCUUACAAUCGCAGAAGGAUAACAUGAAGCAAGCAGAAGCUGCCGAUGAGGCCCGAAUGGUGCGCUCUCAGCGGGAGUACCUCGAACUGGAACUGCGUCGGUACAAGCGAAGGCGUAUGCUGGCUCUGCACCACAAGGAGCAGGAACUGCUCAGAGAAGAACUAAAUAAGCGCCAACACCAGUUAGAGCAAGCGCACGCAAUGCUACUACGUCACCACGAGAAGACGCAAGAGUUGGAAUAUAGACAACAAAAGGGUGUUCAUGCUUUGAGAGAGGAACAGUUAUCAAACCAACACGCAACGGAACUGGCUAACCAGCGUGAUUACAUGCAGCGAGCGGAGCAUGAACUACGCAAGAAGCAUGCGCUGCAGCUCAAACAACAACCCAAGAGUCUUAAGCAAAAAGAAAUGCAGAUCCGAAAGCAAUUCCGAGAGACAUGCAAAAUACAGACGCGUCAGUACAAAGCUCUCAAGGCGCAGAUAUUACAGACGACGCCAAAGGAACAACAGAAAGAGGUGAUUAAAUCCUUAAAAGACGAAAAACGACGCAAGCUGGUAUUAUUGGGGGAGCAGUACGACCAGAGCAUUAGUGAGAUGCUGCAAAAGCAGACUGUGCGACUCGAUGAGAGCCAAAUGAUGGAGUGUCAGCAGCUCAAGAUGCAGCUUGAGCAUGAGUUAGACAUGUUGAGUGCUUACCAGAGUAAGAGCAAGAUGCAGGCGGAAGCACAGCGCAACAGGGAGAGACGGGAACUCGAGGAGAGAGUCGCCGUGAGACGCGCCUUGUUGGAGCAAAAGAUGGAGUCUGAGUGUGCGCAGUUCCUAGCAGAGCGCGGUGAGCGCACGCGCAUGUUGCACGAGCGACACGAGAGGGAACUUGAACAGUUUGACAGUGAGAGCGCACGUCUUGGCUUCAGUGCAAUGGCAAUAGCAGAAGGCAGCCGAGAGGGUUACGGUGAAGAAGAGCAGUCUCUUUCGGGUUCGAUGCUCUCCCUCGCACACAGCAACUCUUCAGCCAGCUUCCCGGCCGGAUCGCUGUAAACCGAGACUGUUACACCCUUUAGAUAGAUAAUACUUGCCUCUAGCUUCACAAUUCCCAAAUCCUAACAGAGGGAACCCACUGGAUAACCUAUAAAUGCGAAAGUAAACUUUAAGCUUAAACUACACUAUAUUCGGAAUCUUGAAAGACAAUCGUAGAAGUCGCAGCUCAAGUUUUUAAAUAUUCAAAGGGAGUCAAUUGUCUCAAAUUCCUUUCGCAUUUCGUUCCGUUGCAACACAACCAUACAGGGUUAUAACGGUAUUAUUAACUAUAAAUAUAAGUACAGUGGUACAUUUCCGGUUCCAAUUAACGACUUGUAUCAGUUAAGUUCAGUUGGUUGGAAUAGGAGCUUUCGGUGUAAGCCCUCCCGUUCCUCAAAUAUUGAAGGGUAGUAAAACAUUAUUUGUCGUUUAAAUACUAUUUUGAACGAUUUUAAAAACUCGAUAGUAUGUCAUAAUAUUUUUAAAUUUUCAUCUAUGCUCUAAUUUUAAUAGAAAGGUUAUCGAUAAUUGUUACUCACGUAAAGAGAUAGCUAUGAAAGUCAAAAGUUGUGACUAAAAUCGUCACAGAAUUAUAACCGUUAAAAUUUAGUUGCAUGUUUAAUUUUAAAAGCACAAGUUGCUUAAUGCCAUAGCGUGCCAAAGUUUCAGAUUAUGUACCUACCCUUCUUUUUUGAGAUUUUAAAACUACCUUCAUAAUUUUGUAAAUUUUAUUUGUCUUCCAAAAAUCGUCAGUAUUUAAAUUUCGGGGGCUUCUUAAGUUAACAGAUAAAUUUAUGUGGAUCGGUCGCUUUUGACAAUGUUUUGUACUUUUUUUUUUCAAGUUUAAAUAAGAUUGUUUACUGUUACGUCUUUGUAUAUUAGUGUGAUGGAUGACGUGAAAAUGACGCUUUUAGUAAUUUUAAAUCGGCUUCGUCGAUCUAGGCUUAAAAAUAUCGUAGUCAAUUGAUGACAUUUGGAAUUAUGGCGAACCAUCGAUAUUGCAUGCGGAUCAAAAUUGCACCGUCCAACUAUAAAUCACUAGAACAACGAAUCUGGAAUUGCUCGGUCGUUGAGCAACAAAUUGUGUACCAUUUGUACCGAAUUUUCAAUAUGUGAAAUAUUGAAUUUUUUAUACAAAUGUGUUUCAACAAUUUCUGCUCGAGACAUUGUUCUGUUUCUCUCAAUCGUGUAUUUAGCCGCAUAGUUUUAGCCAUAUUUUCAUGGGAUGGUAUUCGCAAAGGGCUAUUAAUAGGCAUCAUUUAACAUUGGGUGUAUGACAAUGAACAAAUAGUUAGAGAGUUGGAAGAUCGUUAAAAACUUGCCACAAACAAAAACUGAUAAAAUGCAUCCAGUGGUCAUACGAUCUUUUUGUACGCUUAAGUUUGACAAAAGGCAUUAUAAUUUUAGGCGCCCGCGGCCUGCGUUAUCUAGAUAGUCAAAAUUUUUAAAUUCAUAUCAUUAGUUUACUUUAGGUACAAUUCUUGGACUGAUUACUUUGGCCUAUUAAGUUUUUAGACAAUUUUUUUUAUUAAGAACAGGUGCUGUUACUGCCAUUUAUCGUCCUUUAAAAGCAUCCGAGCAUAUUUUAAUCUUCGGACACUUUUUGUAAAUAACGGGAAAUUCGCCUUACGGGCCGCGGGCGGCGUCUGUACAUAAAGAACAAUAAUAUAUAAUAAUUAACUUUAGAUAGAGUAAGCGCGUAUGUAUGUGUACAAUGAAAGUACGAUGUGCUAUUUCCUAGAUGUGUAGAGACAUCUAAGCUUACCAGUCAUGUAUAGACGACUAUUUAAUUUAACGCCGAUUUUAGUCAUAAAUACCCAAAUUUAGUUAAUAUGUUUAUCACAUUUGUAAGCAUCACACGAUGUGAUAAUGUCUUUUUUGAGUCUGUUAGUAUUAAUUUCUAUAUGAGAGGUAUGUUGUGUACAUGUUGUAUUUAAGCGUUUAUCGCAGCAUAUGUUAUGUAGCCCCAAACCCCACUGACCAAUAAAUGACAAUAAUCAGCCUAACUUUGUGGUCAUCUUGUCUCUUGUGGAAAGUCCUAUGGAGUGCAGUGGUGGUCCCUUACGUCAAUAGCAUUUGAAUGACUAUUGGCGAAUGCGAGUCCAGUGAAUUUAGUUUGAUCGAGAAUUUCACGGCCAUCAUUGUACUCUCCCAGGUGUUAGAAGCACGA